CAGAAAGGUUUUCAUUUAUUUUAUUACUAAUUCAUGCGAUAUUUCAUUUGGCAUUAUUCAAAGGCAUCAAACGGAAAUGUAUCAAUUUCUGAAACCAAAUUUCGGAUCUGAUUCAUACGAAUCUGAAUCAGCGGUUCAUUCGUUUCUAUGAAAAUCUCAUAUCUUGCGAGAGAAACAAAUAUCUUUACAAAUAUCCAUGCUGCGCAAAAAAUUUAACAAUUUAUAAUAAGCUUUAUUCCUCGAACGAGUUUCUUCCCAUUUUCAAUCUAAAAUCGUCUAUUGUGAUGAAAUAUAUUAAAAUCACAAGUUGAAUCAAAAUAUUCAUGUUACUCGAUAUCAAAAUGGUGUUCUAACAGUAAUAAUAUUGCCUUUAAAAAUAUCUUAUAUGAUUUGUUUGGAUAAGAACUUCGGGCGCAUCGUGAUGAACGCAUUUCAAGUUUUUCAAAUCUAGUUUAAGACUUUUAAUUAAGAGUUUUCAAAUCGAUUCCUUUGUUCCAAUGGACAGAGUCAACCUAAGCAUGCCCAAUUCAAGGCAAACUUAUCAAGAACUACCAGAUUUCGACCAUGAUGAUGAACCUAGUGUAUUGGUUCAUACUGCUGAAGCACCAAGAACGAAAUGGAAUCAUAUAAGAGAUCUAGAUUCAUUUCUGAAAAUGGUUUAUGAAUACCAUCAAAGGCAUGGAUUCACCUGUAUUGUUGCUAAAGAAGUUUGUGAGACAUUGCGACGUAUAUUUAUGUCUAUAUUCCCAUUAUUCUUAUUGUACGGAAUAGAUUAUCCACUUUUAUUUAGUUACAAAGCAUCUGAUUCAAAUCUGACCUUUAACGAUCUGAUACUGCCAUUUGAUAAAGUAAUAAAAAGUUUUGGAUUCUGGACUUGGGGAUGGAUAGUGAUGCUCAUAAUAGUUUUCAUUUUCUUUUCAAUUCGUUCAAUUUUGAAGGUCAGAUAUUUUUACGAAAUAAAGCAAUUUUACAACACUGCCCUUAAAAUAGAGGAAGAAGAUAUAGAUAACUAUGUAUGGCAAGACGUUCAGAAGAAAAUCAUCGAGGCACAAACUGAACUUUCCAUGUGUGUUCAUAAACGUGAAUUGACAGAGCUUGAUAUACAUCAUAGAAUUCUGAGGCAGCAAAAUUAUUUCAUAGCUAUGGUGAAUAAGCAUUUGAUUCCUCCUCGUAUCAAGAUACCUCUGCUUGGUGAUGUGAUGUAUUGGUCAGUUGGAUUUCAACUAAACUUACGGUUCAUUUUGUUUCACUUCCCCUGGGGCGCCUUCAAGGAUUCUUGGCACUUGAGAGAUGAAUACAGAAAGGCUUCAUUGAAAACCGAAUUGGCCAAUCAAAUGAAGCUUGCAAUAAGAUUGUUUGCUGUGGGCAAUUUAAUUUUAUGCAUACCCAUAUUUCUUUGGCAAUUUGUUUACUCCUAUUGCUACAACAGUGAUUUGAUUGUACGAAAGGUCCCUUGGGAGUUUGCCACCAGAAAUUGGUCGUUAUAUGGAAAGCAAUAUUUGAGGCACUUCAACGAGCUCGAUCAUGAGUUAGAAAUACGGUUAAAUAAGGCUCACAAACCUGCAACUAGAUAUCUGGAAAUAUUUUUUUCGCCUUUUAACGCGAUAAUUGCUCAAACUGUACAAAUUUUGGUGGCUUCGACGUUGAUGGCUUUCUAUGUUUUAACCCUGAUUCACGAGGACAUAUUGGCUAUAGGAAAUGCUGUUCUCAUUUUUACAAUAGCAUCAGUGAUCAUAAUAGUUUGCAAAAGUCAAAUGCCCAAGGAACACGUCCCAAAUAGUCCCGACAUCUUGCUGGCUAAUGUACUGGUACACACACAUUAUUUACAUCAGGAAUGGCAGAGCAAGGCUCACACAGCCAAAGUGCGAACAGAAUUCGAAAGAUUAUUUCAGCUCAGAAUCCAAGGAAUCAUUGAAGAUUUAUUGUCUCCCUUCAUGACGCCUUUUCUUCUGUUUUUCUAUGUUGCUCCCAAGUCGAAGGACAUUGUGGAUUUCUUUUAUAACUUCACUGUUUCCGUAACUGGUGUUGGUGACGUAUGCAGUUUUGCUGUGAUGGAUAUUAGAAAACAUGGAAAUCCUGAUUGGCAUCAUAAGAAUGUUGGUGAUAAGGAAGCGCCCACACAGUUUGCUCAGGCUGAGGAUGGGAAAGUCGAAUUGUCCCUUCUGCAUUUCAAACAUACCAAUCCUAAUUGGCAACCACCCACAGAGGCACAAUCAUUUUUCCAUUCUAUACAAGAUCAUGAAAAUGAAAUUGAUGACCUGAUGAGUGUAGAUAGUUCCUUACAUCAGUAUGCACCAAGGAUGCAAGGCUCUCAGAAUUGCCAGCUGAUGAGGGAAAAUCCAAUCGAGACUUCCGAGAAGGAAGUAAGCAGGGGAGCCUUGUACUUACAUCUUUUACGCAGUCAACAUGAACAGAGUCGAUCCAUAAGGAUACCUCCGCAAGAAAACACACCUCUACUUUUUAAUCACUAAUCUAGUCAUAAAAUACACUUCAGAAAAGUGAUAAUGUGUGAUACAGAGUGGUCUUAGAAAUCUGUUGAAAUUGUGUCACUCAAUAUCUCCCUUUGCCAUUCUUUAAUCUUAGGAAGAUUUCAUUUGAAUUUUAACAUUGAAAUUAUUUUAUUCUUUCGAACUAUCGGAUUAUUAGAUAUUUUAUCAAGCGAUUUUUGAGUAGGUUGUAACGUUUUUGAAAUAUCUUGAAAAAGGUAGCUUUAAAAUUAAGUGUAAUCAGGAAUCUUUGUGAGUUAAGUGCGAAUUGAUUUUUCUCAUUGUGUGUUUAUAACAUUAAAUGCAUAUUCAGUACCUUAUUUGAAAUGAAUGACUGAUUAUUUUUGUAUGAAUUUUUAUUGUAUAGAUGUCAAGUGAUAUAAUAGUCUGUGAAAAAAUCUCUUGUAAUUGACAUAAUUUUAUGGAAUGAUUUGGCUUGAAAUCUGGUAAAAACCAAGAAAAUGGUUGUUAUUUAUGUUUAUUGAACAUACGGAAUAAAAAAUUUCUGAAA